CUUCCUCCCACCCCUCCUCCCGGUGUGGAUGGCGGCGGCCAGAGUCGGAGCACCAGCGCCACUGCCCAGACAGUGUACUUGAUUCCUUGAGAAGACCACGAUCCGAUUUCAAAGAUGUGCUCUACGAACCCAGGCAACUGGGUUACAUUUGAUGAUGACUCUGCUUUACAAUCUUCUCAAAGUUCAAAGAAUUCCCCUCGGGAGAAUCAAGGCAUCUGUAGACCAAACGGACUGAAGCUGAACCUCUCUGGUCCUAAGGAAUUUCCCAGUGCACCCUCCUCCACCAGUGGUACCCCUCUCCCCUCUCCCAUCAUAGACUUUUACUUCAGUCCAGGACCUCCAAGUAACUCUCCUCUUUCUACACCUACUAAAGACUUCCCAGGUUUCCCUGGCAUCCCCAAAGCAGGGACCCAUGUGCUUUAUCCUAUUCCGGAAUUAUCUUCAAACAGCCCACUUACACCACCAGGAGCAGACCCUGCCUUGCUGCCUACUAAACCAACCUGUUUGUCCCAUGCUUCCUUACCCAGUGACUACUCGUGUACGCAUCCGGCUGCCAGAGUGGGUCUUCCAGAUGACAUUAGCCCUCCCCAGGCCGAAAGCCUGGGGUUCCAAAGUGACGCUGUCCAGUUUCAGUAUUUUCGGGAGGACUGUGCUUUUUCAAGUCCAUUUUGGAAAGAUGAAGGCAGUGCUUCCCAGUUCACCUUUGACCCUCCAGGAAGCAGAAAGACAUUCCCAUCAAGAGACAAAGAGAUGCCAAUUGAUCAAAAAAGCUUAAAUCAGUGUUCACUCAGCUACAUCUGUGAGAAGCUUGAACAUCUCCAGUCAGCCGAGAACCAAGACUCGUUCGGGAACUUGUCGAUGCGAUGUCUGUAUGUCGAAGACCCUGCCUCUUCCUUUGUUCCCCACUCGCUCUUCAGGAGUCGGCCCAAACCCGGAUGGUCUUUCAUGCUGAGGAUUCCUGAGAAGAAGAACAUGAUGUCUUCCCGUCAGUGGGGACCGAUUUUUUUAAAAGUCUUACCUGGAGGAAUUUUGCAAAUGUAUUAUGAGAAGGGGUUAGAAAAACCAUUUAAAGAGUUGCAGCUCGAUCCUCAUUGCAGGCUUUCUGAACCCAAACUUGAGAACUUUAGCGUGGCAGGAAAAAUCCAUACUGUGAAGAUUGAACACGUGUCUUACACAGAAAAAAGAAAAUACCAUUCUAAGACAGAAGUAGUUCAUGAGCCAGACAUAGAACAGAUGCUGAAGUUGGGGUCCACAGAGUACAACGACUUCCUCGACUUUCUGACUACUGUGGAGGAGGAGCUGAUGAAGCUACCAGCCAUUUCAAAACCAAAAAGGAACUAUGAGGAACAAGAAAUUUCCCUGGAAAUUGUGGAUAACUUUUGGGGUAAAAUCACGAAAGAAGAAGGAAAAUUGGUUGAAAGUGCUGUGAUCACUCAAAUCUGUUGCCUGGGCUUUGUGAAUGGGAACACGGACUGCUUUUUAACAUUGAAUGACCUUGAGCUGCAGAAGCGAAAUGAACAGUAUUUUGAAAAAGACCCAGAAAAGAAGGGGAUUGAUAUUCUUGACUAUCAUUUUCAUAAGUGUGUGAAAGCACAAGAAUUUGAGCAAUCGAGAAUCAUUAAGUUUGUACCUCUGGAUGCCUGCCGGUUUGAGCUGAUGCGUUUCAAGACUUUGUAUAACGGGGAAGAUCUCCCCUUUUCUCUGAAGGCUGCUGUGGUUGUCCAGGGGGCAUAUGUGGAGCUGCAGGCCUUUGUUAACAUGGCCCCAUUGGUUCAGAGACCAUCCCAUCCCAGUUCCUCGAGGUCCUGUGACAACAUAAUGAUACACUUUCCUGUCCCAUCGCAAUGGAUCAAAGCCCUGUGGACCAUGAACCUCCAGAGGCAGAAGUCCCUGAAAGCCAAAAUGAACCGCCGGGCAUGUCUGGGGAAUUUACAUGAACCUGAAUCUGAACCUGUCAUACAGGUCACUGUGGGGUCAGCAAAAUAUGAGAGUGCCUACCGGGCCGUGGUAUGGAAGAUAGACCGGCUUCCUGAUAAACAUUCAAGUCCUGAUCAUCCCCAUUGUUUGUCAUACAAACUAGAACUUGGAUCAGACCAAGAAAUCCCCUCUGAUUGGUAUCCAUUUGCUACUGUUCAGUUUGGGAUGCUUGACACCUGUGCGUCAAGGACGGAGGUCAUGUCUCUGGGGAUGGAGAGUGAUGUCCAGCCACAGAAACAUGUUCACCAGCGAGCUUGCUACAACAUCCAGGUGGAAAUAGAAAAGAAGUGGAUUAAAAUCGACGGAGAAGACCCCGAUAAAGCCGGCGACUGCAUAUCCCAGUAGGAGUAGCAAGAGUUAAAGACGGCGACCUACUUUUCAAAUGUGUAAUUCACAGAAACCACACACAGUUCUGCGACUGUACAGUGAAAAUGACUUCUGAAUAGAGGGCUUAGGACUGUCCAAUGGCUGUGUUUAGGGAAACUUAGACCUAAAACCAAACAAUCUAUAUUUUAUGCUUUUGAUAUGUGUGUACCCCAGGGGUUUGACCUGAAAUGUGUCUUUGUGUGAUGUUUCUGCUUCCUGUUGAAACUCAAAGGUGCUGUUAUUCAAUGUGUGACUCAACAUCCAGCUUGGCUAAAGUUGUUUUGAUUUUUGAUUACUCAGUGGUUGAUUGUUUUACACUCUGGAUUACCAAGGUGCCAUGUUUAUCCUCCAGUCCCUAUCUCUUCUGGCUGUGUUAGCACCCAUGCUGGAGGGGUGAGGCAAUCAAAGGAAACACAAAACAAAAUACUUAAUUUUCCUUUCCCUAUUGCUCAUCCCUGAAAUGUGGCUAGGUGUAGAAUGAUGCUGAAACCACAGGCUAAAGUGGAGAUGUGGAGGUAUCUGUGAUUUUGAAUUAUUUAUCUUCCUGUCCUCUUAAUACAUUGGUGAGUAAGCAUCCUCUAUAUUUGGUACCUGGCUUUCCCCCAUAGUAUUAUCAUUUUCAAAAUGGAUUUGUAUUCGAGUGUUUUGUUACAAAGAUCCUAUUUUUGUUGAUAUACAUAUUUCAGUACAAAUCAGUAAGACAUAUUGCUUUUUGCUUAGAAAGAUUCCUUUAUAAAAAUGGAAUCCCAGUAUUGGACACUAGUUAAAAUAUUUAUGUACAUUAAAGAUGAAUUUUUAAAGUUCAUGAAUAUGGUUUCCCAAAAGUACAGACUCUCAGAAUGUAUUUUGAUAAAGUAUUAUUUGUAAUUAAUACAAGGCUCUUUUGAGUAGAAGUCUAAGUCAUGCUAUGAUUAUUUUAUGCUAGCUCCACUACUAUGCUAUUUUUGCUAAUACUGCUAAGUUUAGAGUAUUUUUUCUUUAAAAGAUAAGCAAAGUAAAACACACUAGAUUGUUUUACCUAGAUUUCUAACAGGGGACUUUUUUAUUCUUCGAAGUCAGGUAAAUGUUUGGUUUCUAAUGAAAAGCCAAUGGCAUUAGCAGUUAUAAUUUUGUUUAUAACUUCCUUUCAAUAUUUACAGUAAAAAGUCAAACUUUUAAAAUGUAAAAAAAAAAAAUCUAUGUUCUAGGUAUUUUUUUAGUCUGAAAAACAAAGUCCUCCAUGUGAUAUUAAUACACCUUCAAUUUAUGUUGAAUCUGAAAUAUGAUUAGGAGGUAUUUUUCUCUAUUUACUAGAUUUGUUUUGCGUCAAAACUGAUAUAAUAAUGUUCUUCCAAACAACAUUUAUUUGUCGGCCCAGAGUAUAUUAUGUCUUAUGUUUUAUUUAAUAUUGUAUUACAUUCAUUUUAAUCUGUUCCAAAAACAGAUUAAAACAAACAUUUAUGAUGGUUUGUAUCAAUCAGCAGACUUUAUUACUUUUCAUUAUAUGGCUAUAACAGCAAAUAAUGCAAAAGUUGACUGUUGAAGUGAAUUGAUAUUGCUCUUUUUAACUCCACUUGAUGCAUUGCUCAUAAUAUCAUACUUGAGACUCACUGUUGAUGUAUAGGAGGGCAAAUCUGUGUGUGCAUCAUUUAGGAAAAAAAAAAUUCCACCAUCUUUCCUCAUCAUCUGGUGUGGCACAUUCUUGAGCGACUUCAAGCUGCUCAAAAUAAGUAUGGAGGCAGGCUGCAGCUGAUGCUACUGCAAGAUCCCAGGGAAGUCGGGGCUGGGUUAAUUACUGCCAUUCCUUUCAACUCUGUUGUGUGGCACCCUGCCCAUAAAGAAUUCAGAGUCUGAUUCAGAUGAACUUAAUGAAUAUUUACACCUCAAAAUAAUUUCAGCAAAGGGUUCAAUUCAUCACCCCUCAUGCUUCACAGGUUGCCCUAGUCUGUGUGGCCAUCUCAGUGCUGGGGUCAUUUCUUUACCAGCCAUCCAGCCUUCAGGGGCAUCUCAAGAGUCAGUAUUGGAAACACACUAACAAAACGCUGACUAAAGCCCAAAUGGAGUUUCUGCCUCAAUGCAAGGUUGACAGCAUUAACAGUGGGGUGCUACGGCAUAAUUGUUAAUUUGCACAUCUAUUAGGAUCCUUAAAUAUGCAUUACUUAAUGUUAAAUUAACAUUCUGUGUAGGGAGGAGAAGCUUUUUAAUACAAUUCUUCUGACCUCAGAAAUGGCAGAAGGUCAAAUGUGACCAUGGUGCUAUAAGUGAAAAAUCAGGUUGGGUCCACUUAGACUUACAAAUUGAAGCACAGUCUCCUUUGCUAGAAAGUAAAUGAUGAUCUUUGAGACAACAACUACAAUAACAAAAAUUGGGAAGGGAGGAAGGAAAUGAGUAAAGGAGGAACUAUCCCUUUUAAGCCUUGUAAUUUAGAUACUUUAGAUCAACCCUUUCUGAGUUUGACUGGGUUGGGGGUGGGGGGGGUGUCAGUCAUUUGAUUGACACAUGGCAGGCUUCCAAGGACUUGACCAGUUUCUAACUAGUCAUCUUGCUCUAAUUGUUCGGAUCUGGAUACCUUACCGGUCAAAUGAUCAUAUUAACUGUAAAUGAAUUCAUGGCUUGAUAGUUACCUGAUCAAUUGUUAGAUCAGAAUUUAAGGAUAUUUUCUUUUUCUAUGGGAAUAGAAAUAGUUUAUCCAUUUAAAAAGGUAUGAAAAAAAGAUACUUUCCAGCGCAUAAAGGCUGGAAUUUUUUAACCUGAUUUAUAUAUUAGACAAUUCUAGGGUUUAGUUCCCUUCAUUCUGGAGCUGUGCUUAUGAUGCAGCCCUUUUCUUAUAAAUUCAGUUACAAGGCCUUCCUUAAUAAUGAUUAAGUAUUAUCAUAUCUUACUUAAAAUAUUAUUUUAUGUCAUAUCAAUACAAGUAUCAAACAGAUUGAACCUUAAUCAUGUAACAAAGUAUUUGGUAGAUUGCAUAUUGGUUUUUCAAAAUUAAAGAUGUAUUUCAAAUGA